AUGGCAGCUGGUGGCCACAAUGUUUUCACCAUCACAGCGAUCAGCCCGCGCUGUGCCCGCGCGCUGGAAGAAAUUCCACCAUCUCGCCGUGACGGCGGCAGUGGAGACACGUCAGAUCAGCUAGCUAUCUGCAGGGCCGAUUUCGAACCCAACAUAUCCCCCCUAGAGGCUUCUCUGAUUGAGACUUUGACUCGUCCCGAGCGUGAGAUCGUCUUUGCGCCUAAAUCAAACGCGACGGCGGAUGUCGAUCACCAACGAGUCUACCGGAGACGGAGCGAACGGCGUGCUUCAAGUCGCUGCCUGUCGGCGACUUGA